UUCUUUUUUUUUUUUUCUUUCUCUUUCUCUUUUUCAUUUGCACAUAUUCACUUUUUUUUUUUCUAUUGAAUACAAUGUUGUCUAUUGCUUCUCGUGCUCUCAAGUCCUCUACCUUCAAGCCUGUUUUGGGUUCUAUCUCUGCUAUUCGCACCAAGGUCACUUUACCUGAUCUUCCUUAUUCAUAUGAUGCUCUUGAACCCUACAUUAGUGCAGAAAUCAUGGAAAUUCAUCAUAAGAAGCAUCACCAAACUUAUGUCACCAACUAUAAUGCUGCUGAAGAAAAACUCGAAAAGAGUUUCCAGGCUAAUGAAUUGACUGAACAAUUACGACUUCAAAAUGCCCUCAAAUUCAAUGGUGGAGGUCACAUCAACCAUAGUUUGUUCUGGAAAAAUUUGGCUCCUCAUGGUCAAGGCAGUGCUACUCCUUCAGGUAAUUUGGCUGAAGCCAUCAACAAGCAAUUUGGCUCUUUUGAAGAAUUCCAACAACAAUUCAACGCCGCUGCUGUGGGUGUUCAAGGUUCUGGUUGGGCUUGGUUGGGUUACAACAAGCAAGCCAAGCGACUUGAAAUUGCUACCACUAGCAAUCAAGAUCCUUUGCUUCAUUUGACUCCUCUUUUAGGUGUGGAUGUUUGGGAACAUGCUUACUAUUUACAAUACAAGAAUGUUCGUCCUGAUUAUAUGAAGGCAAUUUGGAAUGUCAUCAACUGGGAAACUGUGGCUGAAAGACUCACCAAAGCUCAAUAGGUUGUAAUGGAAUUUUUAUACUUUAGUUUAUUAUAUAGUUUGGAUUUAGUUCCACUUUUUUUUUUUGGUUUAUGCAAAAAUCAACAAUAAAGGAAAAAAAAUAAUCUCUUUUCCACUCCAUUUUACUUUCCCCCUUUU